AUGUCUAGGUCCAGAAGCCGUGUCAAUGGUGCUACCCAAACUUUCCGCAGACCCUCCGUAGCCACCACGCCUUCACAGACACAUCCACAAACACGCGAAAGCGCAAUCACACCCAAUGCCACUAACAGCGGCGUGUAUAUUCCUCCUCAUCUCAACGCCAAUAACCCAUCCGCAUCUUCGCGAAACCCCCCUCCUGGUGACACUCGCUACAGCAAGGAUCAAUUGCUGAACAUAUUUCAGACUCUGAAGGAAUCCUCCGCUCUCGAUCGCAACCUUGAAGACAUUUUCUUGGGGCCUUGGGAUCCUUUGGAGACGAAGAGCAGCACAGCAAACUCAAGUGUUCGUGGGGAUGGGAAAGAGCCGACUCUGGGACCAGAAGUUUGUUGGAAUUACAACGUCAACAUGGAGCCAUUUGGGUUGACAAGUAUGACGGAGGAGGAAAAGCAGCUCUUUUCUACUUCUGUCAAUUCGCCAAUCAAAUUGCAACAGAAUCCUACCAAAGAAAGUACAGGGGUGGGAGUGGUCGGUGGUCGCAAGGCUUCGCUAUCAGGAUAUAGUAACGCCGCUGGCAGUUCAAGACCAGGAACCCGUCGUCGUGAGACGAGUGACUCUUUCAUGAGUAAUGGUCCAAUGUCGCCGGCGGAGACUAAGACUCUUUCCCGCAGCGAAUCAAACACCGCAACACCCCCGCCGGCAUUGCUACGUCGCCGGACGGACUACAAGGACGAAGAAGCCACACCGGCAAAGGAGAAUCCUGAACCUGACGAAACCCCUGAAUCCCAGCCUUCGUUACCUGGGAUGAGGAAAGGCGGGACCGGUCCAUUGAGUGCCGGUCUGAAUCCUCCUUCGGCCUCCCCUUGGUCUGCCGGCACUCCAGGAUCAGGAUUCGGGUCAAUGGGCACAUUCGGUAGCUUCGCAAUCGGUACUUCCACAACGCCAACUGAAUCCAGCGAUAAGAGACCCGGAUUUGGUAGUGCUCGCGGCGGGAGCCGUUUCAAAGAUCUCCUAUCCAAGACGAGCUCUGAAGACGUGUCUCAAGGCAUCAAAGACAAGAGCCCUGUCGGUGCUUUGGAGAAAUUGCCGGAGGAAGAGGCUGACGCUGCCCAUUCGAAUUUGCGGGAUGACUUCAAGACACGUCCGGGCCGAAGCGAGACCAAUCCAUAUGAAGAAGCUCCGAUGCGGACGGGCAGUGCGGCUUUGGUCAGUUCUCAGGAAGGUGUCCCAAGUAACCCGGGCAUCGAGCAGAUGGGUCUUUCUGCAUUUGGGCCUCAGUCCAGCAUUGGUACACGAGAUUUUGGUCACGAUGAUUUGUAUCAGCAAACCCUUCACGGACGAUACAACUCUCACGAACCGAUGAGCCCGACAAACACGAACCCAUAUCAAAGCCCUCAUGGUCGCGUUGAAGACGACGAGCAAGAUCCUAAUGAUUCUGCAUCGCAAGCUUCGGGCCUGCCGCCGUUGGGCGCACACCGUCGCAACAUGUAUUCAUGCUCUGAGGAUAGAAAUCAGCCGGCCCGGAGCGGCAGCGGAUUUGGCGGCCUUUCCGCGUUUGGUGGACUGGGUGGUCCUCCAAGUUGGUCCGCUGCUGGGCUUGGGUCUGGUAAACCUGCCAUGGACCGGGGCGUGAGUUCUGGAUUUGGUGAUCCAAUAUUCAGCCCCCUGGCCGAUUUACAAUCACCCGGAGCUGGCGGCGUGGGUGGUGGUUUCUUCGGAUCGGGCGGGUUUAGCUCUGCGGGUCGCGCGAGUCGGCUUGGAGCUAUGUUUCCGCCAGCCAUGCAAGAGCAGAUGCGAGGUGAUAGCAGGAACGAGAUGCAGCCCGGUUCUUCUUUCGAAUCACGUCCUGAUAGUGCGCAACCGCCGUCUGUUCGCGACCCCUUCGAUAAUACCGGUCGCAGACAAGAAGGUUUUGGUCGAGGCUCCAGCUUAUUUGAGGAGUCUCCUUCGAUGAGGAGUGUCGAAGAUGCUGGAAACCUUAACCAGCCUGGCCCGUAUGCUCCCUCAACAUCAGGACCGCCGACAGGUUCUCUGGCGACUCCACAAGUCGCAAACCAGAGAGCCAGUGGAGGGGAAAGCCAUCAAUCGGGUCAUGGGUUGAGUCAGUCGAGUGGCAGCAAUUCCUCCAACCAAAUGCCUGCGGCCCAGCAACGACAAAUGGUCAUGCCAGACCGAAUGCGUUGGAUCUACCGCGACCCUCAAGGCAACACACAGGGACCAUGGUCAGGAUUGGAGAUGCAUGACUGGUUUAAGGCCGGUUUCUUUACUGCAGAAUUGCAGGUGAAGAAACUUGAAGAUGCAGAAUAUGAGCCUCUCGCCCAACUAGUCAGACGCAUUGGCAACUCCCGAGAGCCUUUCUUAGUUCCACAAAUUGGUGUGCCACAUGGCCCUCCUAGUGGUCAGGGGAAUCAUUGGGCUAACUCGUCCAUGGGUGGCAAUACUGGAACUGCUCAACCACCAUUUGCCAGCAGCUUCCCAAGUUUCGGCACGACUUUGACCGCUGAGCAACAGAAUGCUUUGGAGCGGCGAAAACAAGAGGAACAAUACUUGAUGGCGAGGCAAAAGGAGCAUCUGGCUCAGCAGCAGAUGGCCAUGAAGCACAUGCAGAUGCAAAACGGACUGCAUUCAUUACAACACCAUUCAAGCGCUCACUCACUUCAAAGCCAACCAAGUUUUGGCAGCAUUACUUCACCGGCCGGUUAUCAGCCAUCACCAAUGCAAGGCCCAAUUCAACCCCCUCAACAUGCCAUACCUUUUGGUCAGCAAGUUGGACCUGCGAUGGGGCCCGCUUUCGGUCUUGACGCCAGGGGUGGCCGUGAGGACGAUCUUCAUAAUAUGAUGGAUCGUAUGAGUUUCAACCAACGCGCCAACCUUCCAUUUACAAGUGGCCCCUUAGGGCCUGCUCCAGAGGUUGGACCUUCUUCCCAACAAGUCAAUACGAUGCUUCAAGAUAGAGCUCGUUUACAACAACAGCAGCAACAGCAACACUCCGAUAUGCAAAGUCACCAAGAUACUUUUUUAGGACAACAGGGCCGCAACGACCGUCUGGACGAAUUUCACACACUGCGUGGACCGGCGGAAAUGCAGGGUGGUCGUCUCGGCCCUGAAGAAUCUCGACCACAACCUAUCGGUGCGCAACGACAUGCCGAUGAGCAACCUAGCAAUGUCUCUUCACAAAAAGCAUCUGCCUCGGUCGGGCAUCCAGCGGUCGGCGCAAAUGAGCAUCUUUCUUUAGCUCAACAAGUACAAAUUGCUGCUGCCAGUCAACAAGCAGCUGCUAAAGAGAACGCAUGGGCUAAGAAAGAUACUCCUGUAGAACCUCCGCCAGUGUCCAUUUCACCCUUACCCGCACCUGCAGCUCAGCGAAAUCGACAACAUGUUGCCGAUGCUUUGGCGGCUGAGUCUAGAUCAACAACUCACACUCCUAUCGAAACACCUACCGUGCCUGUUGCACCCUGGGCAGAACGAACUACGGAACAUCCUAAAGGACCUUCUCUGAAGGAAAUCCAAGAGGCUGAGGCUAAACGCGCCGCAGAACAGGAGGAAAUGGCAGCCACAGCCCGUCGUGCUCUGGCUGAACAAGAAAGACAGAUGCAAGCUCAAGUACCAGCUCCUGCACCCGGCCUUCCUUCAACAUCAACGUGGGGUAGUUCCGCUUCACCAGGGGCAUCUGGAACUCAGACCAUCUCGGUUUGGGCGAAGCAGAAUCCAACCAAAGGUGGCUCAGGGGCUCCUGUCGCUGCGAAGAAGACCUUGGCGCAAAUCCAAAAGGAGGAAGAAUCUCGCAAGCAACGUGCCGCCGCUGCCGCGGCAGCAGCGAAUGCCCAGAAUGCUGGGAGCCCGACUUCAGCAGCUGUCGGUAAACGAUAUGCUGAAUUGGCCAGUAAAGCGGUCCCGGCAGUCCCGGCAGUCCCGGCUACAUCUGGUGGUGCUUGGACUACGGUUGGUUCUGGUGGUAAGGCCAAAGCGCCUCCUGCUGUCGUCGCAACACCUCAGCCAGCUUCCCGGGCAGUCAGCUCUUCCGCAACAACCACGGCCAAGACGAGACCGUCUCUUCAAACGCCGCGAAGCACUACUCUAUCCAAUCAGAGCAAGGCCAUUGAAGAAUUCACAAAAUGGAUCAAGGGCUCUCUCGGAAAGGGGCUGAACAGUAACAUCAAUCUCGAUAACUUCGUACAAGAUUUACUGCAACUGCCUCCGGAGAUCGAAAUCAUUUCUGACUCUGUCUAUGCCAGCUCCCAGACUUUGGACGGCCGACGGUUCGCUGAAGAAUUCGUUCGACGCCGUAAACUUGCCGAUAAAGGCAUUGUCGAACCUGCUGCGAAUGGCGCUCAACCUGCCGGUGCCGACAGUAAGGGUGCCGGUGGUGGAUGGAGUGAGGUAGCCAAAAAAGGCCCAGCGACCAACGUCAAGGAGGAGAGCAAUGCUGCGUUCAAGGUUGUGGCAACUAAGAAGAAGGGGAAGCGAUGA